UCGACUCCUGUCAUUUAUUACAACGUGUUUUCUUUCUGCAUGGCUUCCUCGGCAGCUUUCUUCCUCCUCGCCGUUGCUGCUCUGCACGUGUGUUGCUGCCGCGGGCAAGGCCGUGACGGCGGCGCCGUGGCGGCGAUCUACAGCCUCGGCGACUCCAUCACGGACACGGGGAACCUGGCCAAGGAGGCGCCGCCCGGCGCCUUUGAGACCAUCAAGCACCUCCCCUACGGCGUCACCUUCGGCCGCCCCACCGGCCGCUGCUCCGACGGUCUCCUCAUGAUCGACUUCCUAGCUCACGACAUGGGCCUCCCGUUCCUCAACCCUUACCUGGCCAAGAACACGAGCUUCGACCACGGGGUGAACUUCGCCGUCGCCGGAGCCACCGCCAUGGACCCCGCCGACCAGUCCAACCGGACCUUCUCCCUCAAGCUGCAGCUCCGGUGGUUCAAGGACUUCAUGAAGUCCACCUUCGACACCGACGAAGGCAAUUCAAAAAAUUUCUUCCCUCUUAUUACUGUCUCUCAGCCUCAGUGCACACUCUGUUUUCAACGGUCAGGCAUACUAAUUCUCUAUGUAAAAUUUGUGCGUGCAGAAAUUCGCAAAAGGCUCCAAUCUUCUCUGGUUCUGGUCGGGGAGAUCGGAGGAAAUGACUACAACUACGCGUUGUUCGGGAACAAGUCUGUCAGUGAGGUGGAGAAACUGAUCCCGGCCGUGGUUCAGACCAUCAUCGACGCCACCAAGGAAGUGCUGGACAUGGGCGCGAGCAGAGUCAUCGUCCCGGGCAACUUCCCCAUCGGCUGCUUCCCGAGCUACCUCACCGCGAUGGCCUCGCCGGAGCAGUCGGCCUACGACUCCGCGGGCUGCCUCAAGGACCUCAACCUCUUCGCCGCAAAGCACAACGCGCAGCUCCAGCGAGCCGUCGCCGGCCUCCGGUCGUCGUACCCCGACGCCGCCAUCGCCUACGCCGACUACUUCAACUCCUUCCUCAGCCUCCUCAAGGGCGCCCCGGCGCUCGGCUUCGACGAGAAUAGCACACACACGGCAUGCUGCGGCGCCGGCGGCAGGUACAACUACGACGAGAGGCGGAUGUGCGGCGUGGAGGGGACGGCGGCGUGCGCGGACCCGUCGGCGUACGUGAGCUGGGACGGCAUCCACAUGACGCAGGCGGCGUACAAGGAAAUGUCCAGGCUCAUCUACCAUGGGAGGUACCUGCAGCCGCAGAUACUCAGCUUCCAGGAGUAGAAUGGGCAGACAUGAUGAAACUGUCUGGUACUUCAUGGUGGAAGCCUCGCCGCGACAUUUUGAGCCUUGGACGAGUUCUUCCAUGAGGACUAUGUUACAUAUGCGCUCUGCGCUAUGUAUCCAGAUUAAACUGCUCCGAGCUAAAGUAAAAGUAAAGAUGCAGUUUAGCAUGUCGAGCAGGGUACACAGUUACAAACAAAGUUACAUCUCUCAAGUAAAUUGAGAGGAUUUUACAGUUGAUCUAGUACACAGUUACAAACUUACAUUUCUCUAAGUUACAAAGUUACUGCAUAA